UCUAAAACUCAUAUUAGUGAUCCAUUAAAAAAGGAUUCUCAAUCAGCUUUCUUCUUUGAACUUCUAUUAGUAUGGGAAGAAAACGGUGGAGUUAUAGGUGAGGAAGGUUUACAAGGAUUGAAGCUGUGUUACGGAGGAAAGAGAGAAUAUCAAUAGAAAGCUUUAAAUAGCAACAAAACCGCUUAAAAUAAUCAAAAUUGGUAAAGCAUGCGAGCAAAUCUGUAAAACAAAUUGAAUAGAGAAAUCAGUGGCCUACUUGAGCAUCCACCGGCAUUCAUUUUUUCAGGAAAUUCGGAAGGCUUUGAAUAUGAUGAAGGAAAUUGCAGUUUGUUUUGAGAAAGAUAAUGAAUCUGCAAUGGUAAAGGACCUUGAAAAUGCUGUUGCUGAAUUGCUUGAGUCUUAUGAAGAUUGUCAACAUCAUGCAUCAGCAAUUGAAUCGGUUGGGAAUUCAUACCAGCCCGGGGCGGAGUUAACAGAUUUCAAGAAGUUGCUUGAGGCUGAGUUUGAGAAGCUUAAGUCUAGUUCUUCAUUUGCUUCACAAAGUCAUCCAUUAAUGCGUCAAUUUAGAGAAGCUAUUUGGAAUGUUCAUCAUUCGGGGCAGCCAAUGCCAGGUGAAGAGCAAGAGGAUAUUAUAAUGACAAGUACCCAAUCCAACCUUUUAAAUAUAACUUGCCCAGUGAGUGGAAAGCCUGUUAUUGAACUAGCAGAGCCAGUUCGCAGUGUGCAAUGCAAGCAUAUUUAUGAAAAGAAGGCAAUCAUGCACCAUAUAGCAUCUGGAAAAGCACAAGCAAAAUGUCCUAUAACAGGUUGCCCUAAGAUUUUGCAGGCAGACAAAGUAGUGUGUGAUCCGUUGUUACUUGUUGAAAUUGAAGAAAUGCGAUCUAUGAGUAGACAAACUGCUAGGAAUAAUGUGGUAGAAGAUUUCACAGAGCUUGAUGAUGAGGAUGACUGAUUAAUUACAGAAAAUAAACAGUUAAUAUCAGAAUUUAGAAUUCUCAGUACAGCCUCUUUUUCUAUUAUCGAUUGCAUAUGUGCUUGGAAGAAAUGAAGUUUGGCCUCCUACACUACAAGAAAGGCACUGGUUCUUUCUGAUCUUUUAUGGCUUAUCUUCACACUCAUUUGAAUUCGAUGGUUUUGUUAUCCAUUUUUCUCUCUCUUGUAAAACUCGCAUAUGCUACUUGAAGCAAAUUGCUAUGUGCAGAAAAGGUGGAAAGGUUAAAUUUUAGGUUUCAUGAAUGACUUGUAAAAGACAGACAUUAUGAAUCUUGUUCUCGCACUUUUGAAGAGCAAAGUGAAUCCAACCUUAUUAUAAAAAUAACAUUUACUUUGUUUU